UCGGCAUAAUGUAGAUUAAAAAGAUAACAAGAUGAAACUUGGGAUAUUAUUGAUUUUCUUUUUAGAUUUAAGAAAGGUAGUCGUUGACGCCAAAAACCCCCGAUCGUGUUCUGUUUCGUCUGCGACAGUGCAGUUUGUAACGUCAUGUCCUUCCACCGUUCAGGAAUACAAGAAAAGGUCAGAAGCCAAAGGUUGCCAAUAUAUAGGCCAAGAUUGCAUCUCAUCCAAUAAAUUUAACUACCACUGCGUUCUCAACAGCUAUGGCAACGCUUCAUUAGAAGUUUGUGCACCAGUGUUGUUCAUAACAGGCUUCUGCACAGAAUACAAUACAGAGGGGAAGGUAAUUCAAGAUCAUUACAGCAAGGACUGUACAAAGUAUGCAGAGCCUUGCCCGUCUCGCUACCUUUCUACUGAGGGAUAUAAAUAUCAGCAAUGCUUUAUGUCUCAUCCCAAUUCACCAAAGCUUUCUUCAGAUCCCGAGGAAGGAAGUCUUACCAGAAUCGGGCUGUUAGUGGCAACAUCUUUAAUCUUAAUUGCUGGAAUAAUUUUAACAAUAAUGUGGGAGAGAUUUAAGAAUACAUUCAAGAUUUUUCGGAAGAAAGAAGAGAGGGAAAACACUCUGCCUUCUUUAAACGAAUUGUCAGCAAUAAACAGGCUUUGAGUUGCUGGUAAAAUCCAUCAAAGAGACAACUCUUACUUCUAUGUUCCCUUAUAAUAUUUUAUGUUAAUCAAGAAACUUUCUAUUUCUUACCUUGCUAAAAUUGAUAAAGUUGAGAACAUUACUUUUCAAAGAUAAAAAAAAUAUAGGAAUUUUACGAAAAUUAUA